UACGAAAUGUUAUUCGUGUUCAUUUUAACGUGCCUUCUUGAUAGUGACGGAUUUUUAAUGGUGUUUGCCAUGCCGCCUACCCCCGUCAAAUCUUAGCCAAUUACCAGAGUAGGUGAAGAGCAUGUGUACUACUUAUCCUGGAUUAACUAGCACAUAAACCGUGCUGCUUUUGUAGACCAGGCGUUAUAAGGAGUAAAAUAAGGCAACUGAAGACCAUAACUAUGUACUUGUGUAUUUUCAGACCAGCAGUCAUCCUUAAGUUAGAUAUAAUUGUGAUGCUAAUUCAGUUCGUCUCUUCCUAUGAUAUCGUCUCCCAUCUAAGAAUGGGGAAUUUCACAUCCUCCACUACUGGGGGUCUGUCCAGCACAGCCUGUGUACAGUAUGUUCGGGAGGUGGUGUCACAGAACUGUGUUGUGAUAUUUUCCAAGACCACCUGUCCUUAUUGCAAAAUGGCCAAGAAUGUAUUCAACGAAAUUGGUGCGACCUACAAAGUGGUUGAACUGGAUGAACACUAUGAUGGGAGAAGACUGCAAGAGGCCUUAGCUCAGAUGACUGGUGCCAGAACAGUGCCGAGAGUCUUCAUUAACGGAAACUGCAUCGGGGGCGGCUCCGAUACCAAACAGCUCCAUCAGCAGGGAAAGUUGGUGCCCCUGAUCGAACAGUGUGCUCCCUGCUGCGCUGCGUCCAGCUCCGAGGGUUCGGGCAGUGGACAGUUUGAGUCCGCUAAAUGACUAACCGUUUUUGUAGUUUUUUUUCAAUCCUGUCUUUAUUAAAUGUUCACUUGAUCUUUUGCUUCAAGUUGUACAUUGCUUGAGCAUGACCAUGUUAUAUAUUUAUCAAAGUGCAUUAGAUACUUGAUGUUUAAGUCACAUAAGUUUUCAUCCAGGAAUGUACAGUGUUAUUAUUAAAGCUGCCAUCUCUUAAACAAAACCUGUGAAUAGUGGAACUACUUCAAAUACUUGUCUUCUGCAUGGUUGUUUUAUUUAUCAAUGAUACAGUCAUAAACAAGCAUGAUCUCUCUAAGCAUUAAGUAUCAUCAAAUCAAACAUGUGAACAUCAUGAAGUGUUUAUGCCUAUUCUAUUAAUGGCAUUUAUAUGCGUUAAUUUUUCAUAUCUUGUAACACUGAAAUAAUUACUUUAAUUUUUGUUUGAUUAGCACAAUCUAUUGUGGUAAGUAUUUGAACAUUGCAUCUCAUUGAAAAAUGUUUUUUUUUUUUAAAUAUAUAUAUUUUUUUUUAUUUGAAUGGAUUUUGGAAAAAAUAGCCAUUUUGUAUUUUUUUUUUUUACUUGCCUGUCAAAUCUUUUCACUGUCAGUCUGACAUUAUGGCAGUGUCUAUGUUUGGUUGUGUUUAAUCUUAGGCAGGUAGUUGAUUUUUGCUAAAUAAAUGUAGGAAUUAGGAAUCAUGAUGACAGAAAGUGUUAUAAAUAUAUAUAUAUGAAUGAACGUAUGUAUAAAGUCACAAUUAUAUUAAAUGUUUUUUGAUACACUGAAUGUAUAUUUAUAAUUAUUAAUAAAUAUGAAUGAAAGUCCA